UUUUUUUUUUUUAAAUUUAAGGAAAACAAUUUAGAUUUUAACAAAUUUUUUUGUUUUAAUGAAUAAAAAUGUCCCAAGAAAAUAGAGCAGAUGAUAUAAAUCCAUUGAUCAUAAAAUGGUUAACACAAUGGCGUGAUCAAGCUCGACAACAUGGUAGUAAACUGGAAUUUGUUUAUGGAAAGGCAUUGAAAACAUUACGUGAACAUCCUCAUCCAUUAAGAUCGGGUGAAGAUUGUAAAAAACUUAAAAAUUUUGGCACAAAAAUCUGUGAAAAAAUUGACAAAGAAUUUGCCAAACUAAAUGAUCGAUUACCAAAAGAAGUUGUUUCCAGCCAACAACAUUCACCACAACGUGCCAUAACGGAUAUUUUACCUAUUGCUAUUCGUGCUAAACGUCAAUUAAUACAUACUCCUAAACAAUCAACUAAUAAUGUUAUUGCCAAAGAUAGUCCACCGGUAAAAAUUACAAAAACAGUCACGCAAAGAAAUGUUAAAAAUUGGGUUCCAACACCAGGUCAAACACCGUUUGCAAUUUUAGUUGCAUUACUUCGACGUCAUCUUGAAUUUGAUGAUAGUCGAGUGAAUAAAUUGGAUCUUCAAGAUAUGGCCGAACUUUAUACAAAUACACGACCAUUAAUUUUGACUGUCACUUUAAAUUCAUUAAUUCAUAAACGACAAUUAGUUGACAAAACUUCGGAUCGAAAUGCUAGAUAUUUUCUAACCGAUAGUGGACGAAAAUUGGCCAUACAAUUAGCAAAACAAUGUCCAUCAUUAAAAGAUUUUGCCAACCGUUUUCUCAACCAACAGUCAAAUAAUCUUAUUACGAAUUAUUAUGAAAAACAAAAUCAUUGUGCUGAAUCUACACAAACAAUUUGUCAGAAUUUUAUUCUAGAAGCCGGUACUUAUGAAAUAGUACUUUGUAUUGAUACUAGAGAACGAUAUUCAGAUCGACAAGGUACACAGAAUCGUACAGCAUUUCCAGUCGCUCUUCAACAAAAAGGUAUACCGGUAGAAAUUCGUACACUUCCUUUAGGUGAUUUUGUUUGGAUAGCUAGAGAAAAAAUUCAAACACAAUUUGAUUCAAACAAUCAAAACAAUAUUCAACAUCAAAUUCGUCGUGAAUUGGUUCUUGAUUAUAUUAUCGAACGUAAACGUAUUGAUGAUUUAGCCAGUUCAAUUAAAAGUCAUCGAUGGAAUGAACAGAAAUUUCGUUUAAGAAAUUCUGGCAUUCGUAAUCCAAUGUAUUUGAUUGAAUAUUUUGGAAAAAAAUCAAGAAAACAAGAUCAUGGUUUUUUAUCGGCAGCCACACUUGAACAAGCCAUUACAAAUUGUGAAAUUGAUGGAUUCGAAAUAAAAUUAACGGAUAAUUUUGAUGAAACUGUACGAUAUUUAGCUAACAUGUCGAGAUGGUUACAGAAUUUUUAUCAAAAUAAAUCUUUGAUUUCAUGUCAAGAUCGAAAACGAUUGGAAAAAACCUGUGCAAAUGAUCUUGUUUAUAUGACAUUCAAUGAAUUUAUUACAAAUUCAAGUAAAAUAACCAUAUUUACAGCAAAAGAAAUGUUUAUUAAACAUUUAUUACAAAUACGUGGUUUAUCAAUGAAAAAAAUUGAAACACUUGUUAAAAAAUAUCCAACAAUUCGUUCACUUAUUCAAGCAUAUUCUAUGUUAGAUGAUGAUCGAAAACGUGAAAAAUUAUUAACCGAUUUAAAAUGUGAUUCACUUUCAGGCGUACAAGAUCGUCGUCUUGGUCCUGCGAUUAGUAAAAAAAUUUACCAAUUUUAUAAUUGAUCUUUCAAUAUUUUGUAAUUUUUAAUA